GAAUGUAAAUAAAGGUGGAGUUGGCACCGCCGGAGAAGCUUGUUGUGAAGGGACAUGAUUCUUGUAUAAGGAAGUUUUCUCUCUCCCUCACGUCCUCUGCACUCUCCUCCUGCGCAUCUCCUUCAAAAUUCCUGUUGAUAAAGAAAAAACAAAAACUUCAAAACGAAGCAAAAUACUGUUGAGAGUAAGAAAUCAAGAAACAAUUACCACACCUUGAAAGAUUACUAAGGAUUAGGAAGAGACAUGUCCAGUGUGAGAUGGGGAGCUCGUUCCCUGCGCAGACUACUAUCUGUGCGCAACGGGAAGACUGCUACUGUGAAUGGUGUGCUCUGCUUGCGUGUCAUAGGUCGUGAACCCCAGAGAUGCUCACUGGUGUUCGCCCGGCCAAUCUCCACCUGCAUUUCCCUCUGCCAGUCCUCCGCUGGGCCGCCAACGGAUGGGAGUGGAGGGGGUGAUGACGGUAAUGACAAGGAUGCUCAGAGCAAGAAAAGCGAGAAGAAUCAGUUAUGUUGUCCCAAGUGUGGUGAUCCUUGCACCCAUGUGGAGACUUUUGUUUCCUCGACACGCUUUGUGAAGUGUGAGAAAUGUCAUCACUUCUUUGUGGUGCUGUCAGAGGUGGACUCCAAGCGCAAGCAGAAGGAAAAGCGUGAUGACCCCAAGGCUUCCUUCAGUCGCAGACCGCCUCCUCCACCAAAGAAGAUCUAUGAGUACCUGGAGAAUCAUGUGGUGGGACAGGAGCGUGCCAAAAAGGUGCUGAGUGUGGCAGUUUACAACCACUACAAGCGCAUCUUCCACAACAUACCCCAGACCAAGUCAGAGCCCCUGCAUCUGGACACAGCCACCAUCCCGCAGGGCCUCACCAACAGGGGUAGGGACCUCUUGCACAUUGCUGGCAUCAGCCAGAGCCAUGCGCUAGGGGUCAGUGGCUUCCAGAACACUGACCAGGGACAGCAGGGUGGGCAACAGGGGGGGCAAGGGGGCCAGACCCUAGACCAACAGUCCUCAAAGCGACCGGUCACCAGCAGUAACAGUUUACAUGGAUCAGACAUAUUGGAUGCGACCACACACAUGCUCCGGCUAGAGAAGAGUAAUAUUCUUCUCUUGGGGCCAACUGGCUCAGGCAAGACUCUCUUGGCCCAGACCAUAGCCCAGUGCCUGGAUGUCCCCUUUGCCAUCUGUGACUGCACCACGCUCACUCAAGCUGGCUAUGUUGGUGAGGAUAUUGAGUCCGUCAUUGCCAAGCUGCUGCAGGAUGCCAAUUAUAAUGUGGAGAAGGCUCAGACAGGCAUUGUAUUCCUUGAUGAAGUGGACAAAAUUGGUGCAGUCCCAGGGAUACACCAGCUGCGUGACGGGGGAGAGGGGGUCCAGCAGGGCAUGCUCAAGAUGCUGGAGGGUACAAUUGUUAAUGUACCCGAGCGCAAUUCCCCGCGUAAGCUCCGAGGUGAGACAGUGCAGGUAGACACAACCAACAUCUUGUUUGUAGCCUCAGGGGCCUUCAAUGGGCUGGAUCGUGUUGUCUCAGGAGGAAUAAUGAGAAGGAAGAUUAGACUCAGUGAGUGUUUAGGAAGGGGCUCUUGUAUUAUUUCCACCCCAAAACUAGUGUGGAAUGUACCAUCUGUAAACCAUGGCUGGAAGAACACAGCUCCUGCUCCUGCUCUUUGUGACUGGGGAGGCAAGGAGUCUGGACACAGCACACGACUGUUGUGGGCUGGGUCUACAAGCCACACACCCAGGAGUAAAUGUAAUGCCCACAUUUUGGGCCAUGUACUGUUUCUCAAAGUAGAUACUUGUAAGAUGAUGGUCAAUGGUAAUUUUUCUGUAUAUAUGUGGGAGUUUGCCUUUGUAGGUGCAUUAUAUACUCUCUGUACACCAGACUGUAUGUCUGAAGUACUUUAUGUCAGGGGACUUCAGAAUAGUAAUGGAAAACCACUUACCAAAAUAAAGCUAAAUAGAACAAAUGAAAACCUGUAUCAGCAAGUUAUAUUUCAUGUAUUUUUACUUAUUAUACAAAUGUCAGCUUUUGACCCCAAAGCUAUAAAUGGUCUUGGCAUUUAUCAAUCCCGUUAUGACCUCCAGGCAGUUAUCGACCCCCUGGAUAUCAGUAGGCCGUCGGCGGCGUCACAAGCUGAUGUAGCACACCAGACAGCCAGUACAGACGCUGAGGAGGACAACCAGGAAAAGGAUGCACUGCUCUCAAAGGUGGAAGCCAGGGACCUCAUUGAGUUCGGCAUGAUCCCG